AUGCUCUACUCCGCUGUCAUCUCUCUCCUCGCCGCCGUCGCCGUCGUCGCCCAGGACUGUGGUGCCACCGUCGCCACCCCCAACGGCCUCACCACUUGCCAGCCCACUCUCCUCACCUGGACCGGUGGCCAGGCCCCUUACUACGUCUCGAUCAUUGAGGGCGGCAACCCCAACGGCAAGGCUUUCAAGACCUGGCCCGCUACCGAGGCCACUUCGCUUACCUGGAAGGUUGCUGAGGUUCCUGCUGGUCAGUCCAUCACCGUCCAGGUCAAGGACGGCUCUGGUGCUGUCAAGUACUCUGCCGCUAUUCGAACGAACCGUUUCGGUUCCGGUGGUUGGGAUGCUAUUGCGCAACUUGGAGAAUCUGAGGCGCUCGGUGCGUGUCUUCAGAGCGACAUCUUGAAGCUUCUUGCGGCCAGAUUGGAAGGCGAUUGA